ACUGUAAAUACAAAUGGCUGCGAGCCGUGUUGCGUUUAAUACGAUUGAACGGAGUAUCUAGCGUUAUAACGAAAGUUUUAAAUAUAAAGAGAUACGCUCUAAUAAUAAUCGAAUAACAAUAGGUUAUCUUGUUUUCACGUCCUUCGCAUCAACAUGCCAGAAGUCUGAUCGACAAAGUAUUAUUCGAAGAAACUGAUCGAUGAAAGGGUAAAUAAUGUCUAGCAGCAGUUCUGAAAGCAGUGACGACAGUCGUCAUGAGAAAUCACGGAAGAGACGUAAACACAGACGCGACGAGAGUCCUAACCAAGACAGGCGUUCGAACAGAAAGGAAUCGAGCAACAAGAAUCGAAGUUACAGAGAUGGUAGAGAAGGUAGGGACGUUCACAAAUUUAGCAGAGACGUAAGAAGAGAAAAUAAUGAUGUACAUCGUGAUAGAUCGCAACGCGAACGGGAUAGGGAAUAUAGGAAUAGUCGGCAUGAUCAUCCGAGGAGAGACGAUGAGAAACAAAAUGACAGGAGAAGGUUUGAAAGGUCUCCUUUGAGAAGAGAAGAACCUCGUUCAAGGCAUAGAGAGUACGAGGAAAAAGGCAGAAGAUACAGAGAUGUAGGUGAUCAUAGAAGAUACGAUGAUACGAAUAAAGAAAGGAGGAAUACUUUUGAAGAAAUGAAAAUGAAGAAGGAUCACCCUUCACCAGAAUGGGGUAAACCCUCUGUAAAAUCAGAAUCUAAACCAAAGCCCCAGGAUAAAGAGAAGCCAAAUUUUGAGUUGUCUGGGAAAUUAACGGAGGAUACAAAUACUAUAAAUGGAAUAGUUAUUAAAUAUUCUGAACCAUCAGAUUCAAGAAAACCUAAACGCAGAUGGAGAUUGUAUCCCUUCAAAGGAGAGAAAGCAUUACCCACCUUGUAUGUUCAUAGACAAUCAGCGUAUUUAAUGGGCAGAGAUAGAAAAAUUGCUGAUAUUCCUUUGGAUCAUCCUUCGUGUUCUAAACAGCACGCUGUCUUACAAUAUCGUUUAGUAUCUUUUCAAAGAGAAGGUGGUGGUGAAGGGAAAAGAAUACGCCCUUACCUUAUAGACUUGGAGUCUGCAAAUGGUACAUUUGUAAAUAAUGUAAAGUUAGAACCAAGAAGAUAUCAUGAAUUAUUGGAGAGAGAUGUAUUACGUUUUGGAUUCAGCUCGAGAGAAUAUGUUCUUUUACAUGAACACAGCAAGGAUGAUUCCUUGGACGAUGAUGUCCCCUUAACUACUACAACAACAACAACAACAACUACUACUGUUACUACUACUACAAGUACUGCAUAGGUAAUUUUUCAGUCUAUGAUACUUCAUGAAUAUGUUACUUUUUCUCAAUAUAAGUAACUUUUCAUGUACUUUAUUCCAGGAAUUUGUAAAAUAUUUGAACAAACAAAUCUUUAAAUAAUUUUAAAUUCAUUAGCAGUAUAUUAAUAUCAUCUAUUAGAUACGAUUAUAAAACUAGUGUGAUUUUUCUUAAGUUAUACAGUAAAAAGAAAUCUUAUUGCUAUUCUUAAAUAGAGCAUUUAUGACGGUACAAUAUUCACUGUAAUAAAAAUCUUUAAUUCUUGGUAAAACAAUUUGUCGUUAAUGACAAAAAUUCAUUAUAAUAAACAAUAUUUGAACAAUGUUUAUUCAUUUA